AAAAUAAUAAAAAAAGAAGUGAAAAAGUUUAUCAAUCAAAAAUAUUCGGAAUUUUUUGAUCCACACGCCUAUAUAAUGACAGAUCUUCAAUAUGUCUAUCAAAAGGAGCGAAAGGAAUUCGGUCGACAAUGUCAAUUUGCUGACAAGAAAUAUCUUAUGGUGUCAAUUCCAUCAAAUUAUGACGACUUUAAUAGCUACAUACUGAAGAAUCCUGUAUCCGAGGGAACACAAUUGGGCAAACAAUUUUCACUUAGUGAAGUCAACACAGUCUCUACGACAACAGAAAAUCGAGGAAUUUUGCACACUGAAGGUGGAUGGCCAAAAGAUGUUAACUAUUUAGACAGUGAACAGACAUUGCGGUAUCGUAGGAAGUUGGAGAAGGAUGAGACUUACAUUACUCAGGUUCCACGGAUGGGAGAGAAAGUAGAGUUCUGCAUUCUCCAAAAUAAUUCUGUAAAUAUCUACGAAGAAUACUUCUCGGAUCUGGAUCCAGCACCAAUCAUCGAUCGAUGUCAUUCUCGUACGAUGUAUGUUUACAAGGAUGUCGAGGAGACUCCGCGUCCAAUUAGCCAUUUAUCAUGGUCUGGAGAUGGAGGUAGUAAACUAGCCAUUACAUAUUGUGAUACAAACUUUCAGAAAUAUGCAUUCGGUCGUGUAUCAUUCAACUCGUACAUAUGGGAGACAGAGAACCCUAAUCGACCACUUUAUACAAUCUCGCCAACGAGUCCAUCAACGUGCAUUGAGUAUCAUCAAAAGGAUACAAAUAUUUUGGUUAGUGGACAACAGAAUGGACAAUGCUGUACAUUCGAUACACGCGCUGGACCAUAUUGUGUGGCUAGUACACCGCGUGAAAUAUGUCAUCGUGAAAGUGUUAAUUCUGUCCUAUGGAUUAACAGUAAAACUGGAAAUGAGUGCUUUUCGGGCGGUUCCGAUGGUCAAGUCAUAUGGUGGGAUACGAGAAAGUUUUCUGAAAGAUUAGAUUUACUGUAUAUGGAUCCUGUAAAAUCCGAUGAACAAUUUCUCGAGCGCUCUUAUGGCAUUUCUGUUCUUGAAUAUGAAACAACAAUACCAACUCGUUUUAUGGUUGGAUCUGAGCAAGGCAUGCUGUUCUUUUGCAAUCGUAAAGGAAAGACACCCAUGGAGAAAAUCACUUUGCGGAUGCAAUGUCAUGCUAGUCCCAUCUACACGUUAGCCCGCAAUCCAUCGUUCUUCAAAAAUUUCCUCACAGUCGGUGAUUGGAAUGCUCGCAUCUGGUCGGAAGAUUGUAAAGAGAGUUCUAUUAUCUGGACAAAAUAUUGUAAUGUUGAGCUUACUGAUGGCUGUUGGUCGCCAACAAAAUGUUCAUUAUUCUAUCUUAGUCGUAUGGAUGGUAAUGUGGAAGCAUGGGAUUUAUUGCAGCAGCAGAGCGAGCCAAUCUUGACUAUUAAGGUUUCUGAUCAUGCCAUAACUUGCCUGAAGCCCCACGAAUCAGGCAAAAUGAUAGCAUGUGGUAGCGCAAGCGGAUUCGUUCAUUUAAUGGAAGUUUCAGAGAACAUGAGUUUCAGUGCAAAAAAUGAUAAAGCGAUAUUAAAUGCUAUGCUCGAUCGUGAAAGCAAACGUGAAAAAAUUCUCGAAGGAAAAUUGCGUGAAAUAAAAAUAAAGCUGAAGAAGCAAGUCGAGUUGCAAGAUGCAAAAGUUUCAGAUUUAUUGCAAUUGCAAGCUGAAAUGCCGCCUGAGGAGAAUAAAGUACAAGAUGACUUACCCAAGAUCAAGCCGGAAUUAGUUCAAGCACUCAUCGAAACAGCCGACAAAGACUUCUUCUCGAUGAUAAACGAAGAGACACAGAAACGAAUCAAGGCUCUAGAUAAUGAUGGACAUGAUAAGCCUAAAAAGUCAAAGGGUCACAAAAAGAAACACGAGGAUGAUGGCACGGAUACAGAGACACAUAUGGAGCACUCAACAGAGGAGCCUGUAUCAAUAAACGGAAUUAAUGGACAUCACGAAAAUGGAACUGCUACAAAUGGUUAUCAUAAUAAUGAGAAUGGACAUGAUAUAAAUGGCAAUGAUCAUGAAUUAACUGAGAAUGGCAACGACCAUAAUGAUGACAAUUAAAAAAUAUAUUGUAGCUACAUCCAUUAAGUUUCGAGUCUUGUAUGUAAUUUAAAUUAACAGUUGAAAUAAAAAUAAAAAACAG